UACACGAGACGGACGCAUCCCUGCUGUCGGUGGAAGAUUUGAAAAUUUGUGAUACGCGAUCGAAAGCUUUCGAGCAGAAAUAUUCUGAGAGAACGGCACUCAGGCAAGAGUGAGUUCGGGAAGAUCGCGAUCGCGGCACCGGAGAGCUUUUGGGGCUAACAAACUGAUCUGGCAGUGUUGAGUCACACGCGCACCGUGCACCAGCCAGUGGGAGGCACAGAAUAUUAUUGAGAGUUACAUAAGCCGGAUCGGGUUGUGCUGUGACUUGUUGUUGCCGCACUCGAUCGUCGGUACGCGAAGAAGAACAACACCCAUGUGUGCGGUUCCCGAAUGUGAGAGUGAUCAAUUUAUGCUUCUUUUUUUUGUGAAUAAGGGAAUAUUGGGAUCCUUAGUGGAUUACCCGGGAGUGAAUGAAAACAAAGGAUCUAAGAAAUGAUCGUAUUCAGUGAGAUAACCUUGAAGAGCAGUGAUAUUACGACUUAAAGAUCAAGCGAUCGUUUGGAAGAUUGUGAAGUAUUUGAAGAUUAACAGUGGCGCAACGGAAGCAGACUUGUUGCGACGGAGAAGGAUUUAAACGAGCGCAAAACCAAGGAAGACACGAACCUGUUUAGUGCUACAGCGAUCAACGAUCCAGAACUUCAUCCAGCGGACGGUCCCACCAAAGUUUGCCGAAUCAAUAAACGGAAACCAAUCAAAGUGCAUUGCGUAAGUGAUAAACCGAUUGAGUAAAUCAAGUGACCAAGUGUGUAUAAACACAAACAGAAGAAAUCAUUGAACCCAACGUUACCAACGGCUGCGAGGAAGCGCUCCUGGAAGAACACCCUGAAGAGUCAGUGAUAUGGUGAACGUGUGGAAAACCUCAAAGAAACAAGUCAAACAGGAAUCAAGUGAUCCCUCUGGAUUAAAUGGCAUGUGAAUGAGACGGCUGCUGACGUGCUGCAGUGCAUUAGAGUGAGACAGAAGAAUCGGGAACAAAUUGCGACUUUGCGCUGUUUGCUGUUCUGAUCUGCACCUGGGAUAAAGCGGGAAGAGCCCGUGAGCCCAAAGAGUGGGGGAACUCGGGUGUGCAUGAUCUCACAUUGCUGCAAGUGUAUUCACAGUGAAACAGGGAGGGAAGCAUCGAAUCGAAUUCCACAAGUGAUUUGAAUAAGCUAGAACGCAAUUGCGGAAAUUGAAUCCCAAUCAGACAAGUGUUGCGACGGGAAUAUUGUUGUUGAAACGGAGAUUCUGGAACCGCCCGUCAAAAGUGGCCGCAAAAAUUAGCGAUCCCGCUGAACUCCGCCAUCAUAAACAGUCAAUUAGCAUGUGUCUCAUAAUCGAACGCCAUUGAAGGAUUACACCAUUCCGCUUUUCAAAAGAUAAUCAAAGCGUAAUCUAUGGGCAUCAUAUAGAGGCAAAAGCUAAUCACCAUGGCCGGAACGCAACCACCCCGGAGCGUGACGCCAAACGUCCAGCAGGACUACGACGUGACGCGUAUGCGAGAGGAGGACUUUGAGCGGCUGGCCGUCUACAUCGUGCCGGAUGUGCCGUGCGAGAAGGGCAUCCCCAGCCGGGCGGAGAAGACUCUGCCCCGCAGCCUGACGCUCAAACCGUCGUUGGUGCUAUCGACGCCAACGGCGACGACGGAAGGAGUAUGGAGUACCGGAGUGAUACCACGCGGUACUCGGUUUGGCCCGUUCGAGGGCGUCCGGACACCCAGCCAUCCCAGUGACAAGCAGCUGUGGCGGUAUUUCUGGAGGGUGCAAGAGCUGCGACACGUUUCCUAUGGGAAUAUCAAGAUAUUCAAAGACAGCGACUUCUACUACCUGGACGGCUCCGAUCCAGCCCAAUCGAACUGGAUGCGAUACGUCGCAUCGGCGUACAGCUUUUCGGUGAUGAACCUGGUCGCCUGUCAACACCAGGAGCACAUCUACUUCUACACAAUCCGUGACAUUAUGCCCAACGAAGAGCUGAUGGUUUGGUACUGUCGGGACUUUGCCAAGCGGCUCGGCUAUGACAUCGAUCCGGAGCGGGCGACCUACUCGAUCUGUCGGGAGGAAACGCUCAAGAAGACCUAUGCAACAAUCGCCAAGACACCGGUACCGACCGACGUGGCCUUCAAUCACGUCAAGCACGUGAUGGGUCUCGGUAUGUACAUGCCAGCGAUUCGGAAUGCCCCGACGCCAAGCCCCUCGCCACCGGUCGCUACGUCCAGUACCACGACAGUUGUAGUUCCUUCCAAGCAUCAGAUCCACCAGACGGUGCUGCGAGAACCGAGGAGUUCGGUUGAACACCACCGGGAUCGAUCACCAAUCAGGAUCAUGAUCCGGGAACAGAGCCCACUGAGGGAAAGUGCAAAAGAGGUCGAUGCCAAUUCGCCGGUCUCGCAGGUCAGCAAGGAAGCCCACUACGAGCAUCAACUGACGCCGAACGAUGGAUCGGUAAGGUCUGAUGAGGGAUACCACAGCAAUGGGUACCACGAGGAUGCGUUUACACCACCGGAGGACUCGAGUGACAGUGAGAGUGAGCACAAUUACGUGCUGGAUUGCUCGAAAAAGGCAAUCGAACCGAAAGAGACCAGUGUCAGCCCGAAGGUUGAGGUUUGUGAUAAGAACGAAUACCGGAAGGUCAAAAUGAAAAUGCCAUUGAAGUAUGAGUUUAAGAACAAUAAAAACUUCAAAACGCCUAGUGAUAAGGAGGAUGUGGUGAAGCAAGAAGUGAUCAGUACGAUAACGGAGGUUACUCCGGCUACCAGCACGGUGAUUGUGGUGGAUACCACUCCGGAAACGACGAUCGUACCUCUGACCAAAACGUAUUACGAAGCGGAGACCUCGACGUCUCCGGCGACCUACAUUCGAUAUUCUCCGCCAAGUUCUAGUAUUUUGGAAACGAUCCUCACUGUUGGCCGACCACCGGUAGAUGAUCCACACCGGCGACAACCGAAUGCCACACCUCCUCCAACAUCCCCAACAGAGAUGGCCUAUUCGUACAAAAAAUCUCACCGAUAUGGCACCGCUUGCAGUCCAGACUCGAGCUCUCAGAACGCUGAGCGUGAAGUGAUCGGUGACAGCGGUCCCCAGGUCAUACAAGAAGCCAAGCUCGUCAACAUUGAUCACCGUGAAUCUCAAUCACCAACGAUUGUCUAUAGUAGCGAGCAUCAACCACAGUCGACGCAAUCACCGGGACCUUAUGAACCAUCUUCGCUCGGUUACACCAUCUAUCCCUCGCCGAACAGUACCGUCAUCAACAACGCAUCCAGUUCAACCUACUCGCCACCACUGAAUGGUGGCCACUACGAGAGACUGACAACGCACACAAUCCAAUCCCCCCAUGGAUUCGUGCAACUCCAAGCUAAGGGACAACUCCCGCUGGGGCAUCCACUGAUGCAACCACUUCCCCCGCUAACGCACAUGUCGUCUCCCGGGCGAUGUUCCCCGCCCAGCAGUCUUAGCCCGGAUGGUUGCUCCUACUCCAGAAGUGGCAGCCCGAUGAGCCCUGGAAGCCCCGGGUCCCGAGGCUAUCGAAGUCUGCCAUACCCGCUACGCAAACGGGACGGUAAAAUGCACUACGAGUGCAAUGUCUGUAGUAAGACCUUUGGGCAGCUUUCCAACCUCAAGGUUCACCUGAGAACCCACUCCGGCGAAAGGCCGUUCAAGUGCAACGUCUGUACCAAAUCCUUCACCCAGCUUGCCCACCUACAGAAGCACCACCUGGUGCACACUGGCGAGAAACCGCACCAAUGUGAUAUCUGCAAGAAGCGAUUCUCCUCCACGUCGAACCUGAAAACCCAUCUGAGGCUACACAGCGGCCAGAAGCCCUACGCAUGCGAUCUGUGCCCGCAAAAGUUUACCCAGUUUGUGCACCUGAAGCUGCACAAGCGACUCCACACCAACGAUCGGCCGUACGUAUGCCAAGGUUGUGAUAAGAAGUACAUCAGUGCUUCCGGACUGCGAACCCACUGGAAGACGACGAGCUGCAAGCCAAAUAACCUGGAGGAGGAGAUGGCGCUGGCCGCUGCUGCCACUUCCGAGUGUAUAGAUAAAGAUCAACCGGAUAGCAAUGACCCUCGCGACUACUAUGACAUGCAUCCAGCCUCCCCGGUUGCACCCCAUCAGCUGAGGCACCUCGUCGGUCACAGCUCUCCAACCCUGCUUGGAAUGUCCCCGCCAUCUCACCCCGGUCAGCAGCAGCAACAGCACCCCAGCCAUCUGAUCCCGGUCCAUCCGGGAUCGGAUGCCAUCAUCCAAAAAGUCGGCAAAUGCAGCCCUUCCUCCACCUCGUCCAACAACAACAAUCCGACCAUGUUGAACGGCAACAUGCACUACCUGAGCGGUCCCCUUCCACCUCAGGGGCCGCAUCCGCACCUACAUCACCCGCAUCAUCAUCAACCGCACCACCAGCAACCGCAGAUCAGUGUCGUGAGUCACCACAGUAUUGCUCACCACGGUCCGCAGUCCACCGCGGGACCAACUGGUUCCAGUGCUGGUGGCCCGGAUCCGACCAGUCGGCCUAGCGUGAUCGAGUCCAAUCAACCGAUGAUCAUCGAGUGCACGUAGCUUCCGCUGCAAAUGGGCCCGGGACCACCACCCACUCAGCGGCAGGACAGCGUCAUUCGGGGGGUGAUCAGUACUUGAAUACGCAUCACCCCUCCCAGACGAAAGUUGUUGUUGUUGCAAAAAAAAAACAAUCCAGUGGAGUCAGUGAAAAUGAUCUUGAUCGUUCGUUUUUCGUCGAUCGUGCCGCGCGUCGCGUAAGAUUUAAGGAAUGAACAUCUGUGAAUACUAGUUUUGUAAGGAAAAUACUGAACACACACACACACACAGCUAGCUGCUAAGAGGAAUAUAAAUUUAUAUAUUUAUUUUUUACUAUUAUCAGCGCGAAAAAGAUAAGAAACAAAUCAUUAGGGAAGAGAAGCGGGAGAAGAAGAAAACAGCAAAAAACAAGGAAAAGCAUAAUGUUAAGUGUUCUUAAGGUUAACCUAGCUAUAGGCAGAAAUCGGGAAAUUUGUCAUUUUUCUUGGAAUCGAAUGAAGGGGUUUUUUUUUCAUAAACUCAAUAUCUCAAUUUUCAGCAGCCAAACAAGUGUGUAAAUAUAGAUCGUUAAGCAAAUGGCUGGCGGAAAUUGACCCCCGGAAAUGAACUGAUUGGCAAUCAUCGCUUAAAUUUAUGUUUUACUUGAGAAGUUUUUUUUUUUUUUGUUUGUUUCGUCUUUAGUUUAUAGUUGAGUGUAUUGGCUGAGAUUGGUCACCGUUGGCGUGAGCGGGGCGGAAUCCGAGGGUGAAUUUUUAGUUAAUACGAACAACAGACUGAUAUUUUUUUCCUUAUUAAAGGUUAAUAAAGCAAAGUUUUGUAGUGAACAC